AUGGCGGAGGUGAUGCUUCCAUAUGAUCAUGCGAAGAAGAACCUGCUGCUGAAUGAGAAUGAGUUGCAGAAUGGGAGGCGUCUGUAUUGGAUGAAGAGGAAACAGUACCAGUUGAGGAGGAGGAGACACCUGGAGUGGAAAGGGCCGAUGGGGAAGCUUCAGAAUAUGAAGGGGAAUUAUUAUGGCCCGCCGAGGGAGUACUAG